AUGGGCCCUGCUGGCGGAUUCCUCAAGCUGCUGCGCAAGCCCAACACGGCCAAGCCGAAAGGUGACAAAGACCCUAUCCCUGCAGAGUGGGACGAUCCGAAGAUUGAGAACGAGGAUGAAGAGGAGGCUGCAUGGAGGGCGAAGUAUGACGAUGACAUGCCCCAUGAGGAGGAUGACGACAAGCAAAAGAAGCUGCAUGCCAAGGAAUAUGAGGAGAUGGAUGACGCCAGGGACAAGCUGGCAGACUUCGCGAAGGGUGAAAGCAAGAAGAGAAAGAAGUCACCAGAAGAUGGGUCGAAAGAACAUGGCACCCAUGGUGAUUACCAUCAAGGCUGGAAGUACCGCAACCGCAACAAGGGCAACUAUGGCAAUAGCCAUGGGCAUGGGUGGCGGGGAUGGUGGCCUCUCUUCCCUGAAGGGAAGGGGAAGGGAAAGAAGUGGCCUAAGCCACACUGGCAGUGGCAGGAGUGGAAAGGCGCACUUGCACUUUCAUCCCACCCUGGCGGUGAGGUCCAUCGGAGAUCUUAUGCGCCGACAAGAAGGGGGUACAUCGAUGCCAACAUGCAGUACGAUGAUGUACGAUGCGCAUGCAGUACGAUGAUGUACGAUGCGCAUCUCGGCUUGUUUCAGCCUGGCGAAGGCUUGAAGGCCCAAGGCAAGAACCGGGUGCGUGGCGGCGUGGCCAUCCAGCAGCAGAAGCAGAACCAGCGCCAGGCAGAGGAACGGAAGGCAGCUGAUGAACACAGCCGAACCCUGACAAUGAGGCUGCGCAGCAUCACUGAGAAGGCCUUAGGUAAAUUGCCAUCUUAG